AUGUUGUCAAACGAACUAGGCUACAACAGAGCUAGGGAUAUAGUGAAGGAACGUUUCGGUCAACCGUUCCAUGUUGCCCGGACGCGCAUAGACGGCGCGUGGGUCGAGGCCCGUAAAACUAGACAUGAGGCGGAAUCGUUCCUAAGCAAAUUGAAUGAUGAAAAAAUGGUAAUCUAUCGAAAUUUUUGCGCCAGUCAGGAAAACCCCAGUCUGCAGAAGUCGCUCCUGAAGGAUAUGCAGCUUUUGGCGGAUGACAAUCGACGUUUGUUCGUGUAUCUCUUACCGGAUGUUUUCACCGUGUUCUCAUCCGAAUUGACUAACGAUCCGGAAUUCAUGCGCCUAAUCGUCGGAACUCUGGAUCCGAUCAUGCUGAAUACGUUAAUUUGUGAAAUUGUCCGCGGUCAUUUAAAUCUGUUUCGAUCAAACGACCUCUCUCCUGUGCUGACUAGUCUCCAGUGGGAUUCGAUUGAACAACUGUUCUUUUGGCAGUUGAUCAAUGCGCACGAAAUCCCAACUCGUCGAUUUUUACCACUUGUGCGGUGCGUUGACCCUUCAAAACACCCGGAGGCGUGCACCAAUCUAAUUCAGCUGUUCAAACUAGAAAAACCGAACUACGAGUUGGUUCGAGCCCUUUUGUCCCGCCCCAAACCGGAUGAUCCACUCUCAGUGACUGCUUUGCAUUUUUGGAGCUGUCCGGACAAUCAUAGUUCGUUGUUCGCCGAAAUCCUAAGCGAAAUGAUUACUGUCCCCUUGUCUUUUCGUUCGGACUCGGCCUCGGGUUCGACCCGCGAGAAUCGAGAUAGAAGGCGAAACGGAGUAAAGAAUCAAAUUACCCCUGAGAAUGCAGUCGAUCUCUCGCUAAUCCUGACGCAUUUGGAUUCCAUCCGGCGAAACUGCAAAAACAUGUCCACUGAAGAUCAACCAUCUCCGCCUUCCAUGAGUGUGGGUGGAAACACACGAUCAGCCGGGGCCCAGUCAUCAGGAGUCGGGUAUCGUCUGAACGGAGCCCCAGGAUCGAACACAGAGACAAACACUCGUCGAGGUGGGGCUACUGGUCGUGGUGCCGCAUUCGGAAGCAAAGGAGGUCAUAGUUUACAUAAUGAUGACCCGGGGAGCGCUGAAUCGGGGACUAUUUCAAAGUCUAUUGCAGCCCAGAAAAAGCGCCGCUCUCGAAACAGCAGCCCCGUUCGAGGUGGCGGAAACACCGCUAAGACUGGAAAAAGAACUGCUAGUGAUAAUAAAGAACGUCGGUCCAUGACUGGUGGAAAGCGUGGUCCUGCACGGGCAGAGCAAGAGUCGAGCCCGAAGGAAAUAGUAGUCCUGGAUGACAGUUUGAACGACGAGGAAGAAGAUGAUGACGAUGAAGAUAAAAGUUUGGAGGUGGUGGUUAUUGAGGAAGACAGUGGAGACGAGCAAAACAACGAUCGAAUUCGUCCAUCUAAGCGACGCAAAACCGCUAACCGACGUUUUAACUUAGAUGAUUAG